ACGUCAUCACACAGCGCCGGAAGUGGUGCGGCUCUGAAGAGUGACUUGCGCUUGUCUGUCUCCGCGGUCUCGAGAGUAAUGAUGAGGGUGUGCUGGUUGGUGAGACAGGAUAACCGGCACCAGCGAAUCAAACUUCCGCAUUUGGAAGCAGUCAUGGUUGGGCGUGGCCCAGAGACCAAGAUUGUUGACAAGAAAUGUUCUCGACAGCAAGUACAGUUGAAAGCAGAGUGUAACAAAGGAUAUGUCAAGGUGAAGCAGGUAGGGGUCAAUCCCACCAGCAUUGACUCAGUCAUAAUUGGGAAGGACCAAGAGGUGAAGCUGCAGCCUGGCCAAAUUCUCCACAUGGUGAAUGAACUUUAUCCAUAUAUUGUAGAGUUUGAGGAAGAGGCAGAGAGCCCUGGCCUAGAAACACACAGGAAGAGAAAGAGGUCAGGCAACAGUGAUUCUAUAGAAAGGGAUGCUGCCCAGGAAGCUGAGUCCUGUAGAGGACUGGAACCUGGGAGUGACCCUGGCCAAUCCUCUGUGCCCUCAAAGAAAGGGAAAGAUGCAUCUACCAAAAAGGAAUCAUUGGGCCACUGGAGUCAAGGCUUGAAAAUUUCUAUGCAGGAUCCCAAAAUGCAGGUUUACAAAGAUGAGCAGGUGGUGGUGAUUAAGGAUAAAUAUCCCAAGGCUCGUCAUCACUGGCUGGUCUUACCAUGGGCUUCCAUUUCCAGUCUGAAGGCUGUGACCAGGGAACACCUUGAGCUCCUUAAACACAUGCACACUGUGGGGGAAAAGAUGAUCACAGAUUUUGCUGGGUCCAGCAAACUCCGCUUCCGUUUGGGUUACCAUGCCAUUCCCAGCAUGAGCCAUGUACACCUUCAUGUGAUCAGCCAGGAUUUUGAUUCUCCUUGCCUUAAAAACAAAAAACAUUGGAAUUCUUUCAAUACAGAAUACUUCCUAGAAUCACAAGCUGUGAUAGAGAUGGUACAGGACGCUGGCACAGUGAGUGUCCGAGAUGGGAUGCCUGAGCUCUUGAGGCUGCCCCUGCGUUGUCACGAGUGCCAGGAGUCGCUGCCUUCCAUUCCCCAGCUGAAAGAGCAUCUCAGGAGGCACUGGCCACAGUGAUUCCACGGAACCUGAACCUUUGCAGCAGGAUAAAGGGAACUCCUUCCUGUUCAAGUCCAACUCCUCACCUUGACCUCAAGUCCAAGACGGAAGCAUCUGUGUUCUGGGCAGGAGGAUGGAGGAAAAGAUGAAGAAGGGGAUUAAGGACUCACAUACACUCUCUGAAGAAGUUUCCUGGAAUCUCCUCCAUGACGCUUCUUUUUGUAUUAUCAUGGCCAGAAUUCAGCCACAAGCCACAGGUGACCAAGUUUUAAGGGAGGCUGUGAAGUAUAACCUUUAUUUAUUUUGGGCAAAUCCAUGCCCAACUAAAAUUUUUAUUAGUACAGAAGCAGCACAGAAUGAAAAUUAGAGAUACUGAACAGUCUCUGUGGUCUCUGCCAGUGUUCUUUUGCACAUGAAAAAAAUUGAGUUGCCUUUCUCUUAUUUUUACUUAUAUUGCAAAUAUUUUACAAAUUUAGACCUUUUAACCUUUUAAUUUUGUUUAUGCUAUCUCUCAUGAUACAGAGGUUUAAAAUUAUUAUGUAGCCGAAACAUGCAUUCCUUUUUUAAAAAAACUCAUUGUUUCUGGAUUUCAUAUUUUGCUCAAGUAGGCCUUCCUUAUCCAUAUGUUCUCAUAUUUUCUUUUGGUACUUUUAUACUUUGGUUUUUUUUACUUUAGGUCUUCAUUAUAUCUGGUAUUUAAAUUUUGAUUGAGUGUGACAUAGGGAUCUAUCUUUAUUUUUUCAAUUUUUAUUCUAUUAACUCCAACUCAUUUUAAACUAGCCUUCAUUCUCAUUCACUUGAAGCACCACAUUUAUGGUGAACUAAAUUUUACUACGUACACAAGUCUGUUAUGGGCUCCCUAUUCCAGUUCUAUUGAACUAUCACUAAACUCACACUUUAAUUUUCAUUACCAUAGCUUUACAGAAUUUCUUUUUGUAACUCUUUUUCUUCUUUUUUUCCUCCCCACUCCUCCUCCUUUCUCUUCUCUACUUCCAUUUAACCUAGCCAAGGUUGUUGAACGCUCCUGUGAAGACAAGACAAAUGGACACAGGCUUCCGUCUGUUUUCUUCACUGUAGAAUCUUCAUCCUUUUCAUACUCAGCACCCUCCCAUUUCUUUGCUGCCCAGUGUCACCCCUUCCAGAUCUUCCAUUUUGUGGGAUGCUGGCAUUGGAAGGAUUGCUGCUUUUGGUUGACUUUUCUUUGUGCUUCAUCCUUUUAGUCCUUUGGAUCUUGUGUGUGUAUAAAAUCUAUUUCUUUUUAUCACUAUAUUUUAAAAUUUUCCCUAAGUUCUCUGAAGAUGUAAAAACAAUUGUUGACCUCAGUGUAUGUGGAUUCACCUCUUUAUUUCCUUUUAUUUAUCUUCUUUGACUGCCUGACUGGUUUCUUCAGGAAGGAUGAAGCUGUUCUCUGAGUCAGCGAGUUGCCAAAACUCAGAAUCAGGUAGCACAUGAAUGUGACGUGGUGCUCAUGGUGUCAUAUGGCCUUGGAAACUGUUUGCUACCUAAAGUUCUGGCUGAACUUGUCCUGGAUGCAGAUAAUGAGGAAGUGCUGGAGUGUGGUUCAGCAGGUUGAGAAGUAGGCACACCACUCCCUAGGGCUCUAUCUCCCCAGGCUCUUUGGGCUACUUUGCUGCUACCCACUUUGACUUUCUCUAUGGUCAUGGCCUGUCUGAUCAGUGUUCUUUAACAUUUUAUUGGCUGUCACUUUUCCAGAUGAACUUCCUAUUCAACUUGUCAGAGUCUAAUAAAAAAAUCUCAGGAUUUUGACUUGAUUGCAUUUAAUUUAUCAGCUAAUGGGAGGGAUAUUAACCUUUUUGACCAUGUUGGAUAAUCAGAACAGAUUCCAAUGACAGGAGCUGGGAUUCUAGUGGAUUUUAUGAGCAUGUGUAUGUGUGUGUACAUGUGUGUGUGUAUGGAAUGGUGGUGGUGGGAGAUAAACAUGGAGGGCUUUCCUUUACAGUGUCAUUUCAGUGUGAUUUUAGGGGUAAAGUAAAUUUACUUGUUUGUCAGCCAUCUUGAAUAGAAGCUCUGAUAACUUUUAUGAGACAAAACAAUCUAUAUUUAAAAAGGAAUCAAGGCCAAAUAAGCCAAUACAGUUUGGUUUACAUUAAAAUGUUAAUGAAUGCACAUAAAGUCAUUGAAUACACACUGAAAGGUUGCCAUGGUAACAGUCAUUUUCAUGAAAUGAUUUUAGAUACUGGAUUCUUGAAUGAUGGCAUGCCUUGUUAUUUGCUUUAAGGCAUCUUUAUUGUUCACUCUCUCUCUUUCUUUCUCUGUCUCUCCUUUCCUUGGAGGAUAGAAAAUGGGAAAGGGACCUGUACCUGAUACAAUUCUUUGAUUGAAAGCAACAGAAAUAAAUUUUUACUCAUUGAAGCAAAAAAUAUAUUUAU